AAAUAAAUGUGCAAAAUUAGCUCAGUCGCAGUCAUGGCUCCGAUAGCCACAUACGUGUUCCUCGACUUGGGAACUACCGGUCAAUAUGCAGAUUCAAAUGAAAUAACGGAGUUAAGCAUGGUGGCAGUGGAUCGUCAGCAGUUCCUUGAUAGUAUUUCGCAAGAAAAACCCGAAAUUCCAAAAUUUUUAAACAAGCUUACGCGCUGUUUUAAGCCAGAAACACAGAAGAUAAGUUAUACCGCGCGCGCCGACGGUACAGGCGGUUUCACGGAGGAAAUGUUACAAGGUGAAUUACCCCUUAACGAGUCUUGCUUCCAUUUGAUCGAUACAUUUCUCUACUCUCUGGCAAAACCCGUGUGUAUAAUUGCACACAAUGGCUUCCUGUUUGACUAUAUUAUAUUAAAGAGGUAUUUCACGAAACUUCAGGUGCAGUUUUCUAGUGAACUCGUCUGUAUUGACACUCUCCAAGCGUUCUACGAUAUUCUAGAGGAGAAAAGAGACGAGAAAUAUGUCGAAGAAUAUUUGGAACAGCACGGUUUAAUUCCCGCAAAUUCAUCAAAACCCAUCAAUCGCGAAAGGGAUAGCUGUCGGGAUGCCGCUUUUGAGACAAUACCCGACACUUUGGAGACAAUACGAAAUUAUCAUCUCUCAGGACAGGCCACCUUUAGUGAAAUUACUAAAGUAAAAAAGAGUUUAAGGAUAUUUUUGAAAAAUCAUCGACGGAGAUAUGAAAAAAAAGAUGAAAAAAGAGCCAAACGUCAAUAUCCAUGGGGUCCAGAAAUAAACAUGCCAAGCGUUAGUUACAAAUUGACAGAAAUCUACACACGGGUGUUCCAGCGGAAGCCUAGGGACGCGCAUAAAGCUGAGAUUGAUUGUAUACUGAUGCUAGAGAUUGCUGUUAAACUCGGCCAAGACUUUGUAGAUUGGGUUGAUGAUGAAACAAAUCAACUUCCUUUCCCUUCGUUAACCGAAGAGAUAUAACGGGAA